AUGGCUUCACAAACGCAAACGCCCUUUACCCGAUUCGUGCGGUUUGUCCCUCGCUCUGAUGCCAACAAGAUCCUCAUUGGUGAGCCGGAAUCAGAGUCUGUUGAUGUUGGUCUCGCUGUGCGCAAAGGCGAGGAAGUGAAGGUUGUGGUGUGGUCCGGAUCCAGCGUUCUCAAGCCGGGUUCCAAGACCGAGGAGCGGGCCGUCAUUGACCGCGUCCUCUCACCCGUCUCUGCCGAGGAGGUCGGAACGAUCCGAUGCAUCGGCUUGAACUAUGUUCAACACGCAAAGGAGACUGGUCUGGCACUGCCUGAGGUCCCGACUGUGUUCCUGAAGCCAAGCACUGCACUAGGAGACCCAUGGCCCGCGCCUACGGUGCUUCCUUUGCUUACCCAGGCCGAUGACUGCGGCGACUAUGAGUCUGAGCUUGCCGUGGUGUUGGGUAAGACGGCUAAGAACGUCUCCGAAGCCAACGCUCUGGACUAUGUCCUGGGUUACACUGCCUGCAACGACGUCUCUUCCCGGACGUACCAACUGAACCAGUCGCAAUGGUGCUUCGCUAAGGGAUUCGAUGGAUCCUGCCCAUUGGGCCCUACCUUGGUUUCCAAGGAUCUCAUUCCCGACCCCACCAAGUUGAAGAUGCGUGGCUUGAAGAACGGCGAAGUUCUCCAGGACUCACCCAUUGACGACCUCAUUUUCAGCAUCCCGAAGCUCAUCAGCUUCCUUUCUCAAAGCACAACCCUGCCCGCUGGAACAGUAAUCAUUACUGGAACCCCGGCUGGAGUUGGCCUGGGUCGGACACCAAAGGUCACUCUGAAGGACGCCGACGAGUUCCACGUUGAGAUUCUUCCCCAUAUCGGCACGUUGGUCAAUACCUUCCAAAAUGAGGGUGUCACCGCGGUUGGACAGUAG